AUGAAUACAUCAACACCUGGUCCACUUAUUGAUCAGUUAAGGAAGUCUACUCAGAGACAGAAAAUGUGUCAGCUGUACUAUAUGGUCAAGAAAAAAGAGUAUGACCAGUCCAACAAUAAGGAGAACUGAAUUCCGUUUAGUUAUGAAAUCACCAGAAGUCCUUCCAAGAAAAUUUUAUCCAGCAAAGUAGUUCAGGAAGAACAGCCGCUAUCCUUAGAUAGACAUAAAGAUAGCAAAAUUCAUAUCAAACAAGUGCAAAAGAGCGAUUAUUUUACAUGCAAUUAAAAAUGAGAACAACAAACCUCAGAAGAAGCCUACAAAUUCCAGAUCUAAAAUAAAGACAAGCAAGAAAAAUAAAUCUGAUGCAUUGAAGAAAGGAAUCAACUAUAAUGACUGAGUGGAUGCAUUGAAUAAAAUCCAGAGAUCUAUCAAAACUAAGAAAGUUAAGAAAAGAAGAGGAACUGAUAAUUUUCAAAAACUUCAUAAAGAUAUUGAAAGAGGUCGCUCAAGAAGCCAGAAAAGAAAGAAUAUUAAGUAAAGAAUGUGCUGAUCUUAUUAAAACCUUAACUUUUGAUCAAAGAAUAGUUUGGACUGAUCCAAAAGAAGAGAGCAGUGCAGUCCCAAUUAAUGCAUAUAACUCUACUAAUGCUGCUAAUCAUGAACGUAAUAAAGUUGUCCUCCCACAUUUAUUUGGAAUAAAAGCUGAUCGGUCUGUCCAACAGUUUUCUUCAACUUUCCAUUUUCAAGAGUCAAAAAUAAACUCGAAAUUCAUGAGAAACUCCAACAGUUCAAAGCUAUCAUACUCCAAUAUGUACGAAACACUUAAAGAGAAAACAAGGAGGAGUUUAUCCCCUAAAGAACCUACUCCUAAAUUUAAUAAAAAAUUUAAGAAGUAUCUUCAUAAGAGAAAGAAGAGAACAAAUAAAUUUGAUUCUGGAAUGAACCUGACUCAAGAAAGUAACCAAUCAAAGCAGAGGAUGCAGUCAAAACCCUCUGCUAGGGACUCUUCCAUACAGGAUCGGAAAUACAGACCAAGAAUAAUGUCCUCUCAGGAGGUCAGGAUUCCUUCUCGGAAAAACCAGAAGACAUUGUUUCAGCUAAAAAGGGAUAAGCACAAAAAAAAAUUACUCAAUAGCUCUAAAGAGUUAGAUAAAGAAGUCCAAUCAGUCGAUAGAGAACAGAUCCCAAGGAAAAGAAAUAUCAAAGAUUUCAUAGGAUUCUUUAGAAAAUAGCCUUGAAUGGCAACAGAAGAGGAACAAAAAAGUAGAGACUCUGAAGAAAAACUAUGAAAAAGAGGCUAUUAAGGAAUGUACUUUUCAGCCAAUAACAGGGAGAAGACCAAGAUCUCAUGAUAAACCAAUCAAGUCUAAGACUUCACAACUAAUCAAGAAUUGUGCUUCUCUCAAAAAUGAGAAUGUGAAUAAAGACAUUCAUGAAGAUUUGAAGAAUAAUUGAUAUCAGAAUGUUCCAAAAAUUAAACAGAAAAUAAAAAGUAUCCAGAAUAACAAAAGAAGACUCUACUCUCCAACACAUGGAAAGGAUGACUACUCUUCUCAAUUUCUAAGAGUUGAAGACUUCAAAGAAAUCAAUAUCCUUCCUGGAGCUGCAGAAAUAUUAGGAGAAGUUGUUGAAGUCAAGGUUGAUAAGAAUUCUUGAUGAAAUCUCAGUCAGAAGGAGAAUAAGAAUGUAUCAGGUCUUAAAGCUGUCAAUCUUUUGGAAUCAUUUAAUAACACGAAAGAAGAGAUUCAGGAAAAUAAUCAACCAGAUCCUUUGGAGCCUUCUACGAUAAAUAUUCCUCUUGAAACUAAAAGAUUAUCGAAAGCGGAGGAGGAUGUAAGCAAAUUGAAACCGCCCAUUCCUCAUCCUCCAAUGAAAAUCAAGAGCACUAGUCCAUUAUCGAAGAUUACUGAGAAGGAUGAAACACUGUUUGCACAGACUGAAUCAUUAGAUUUUACAGCACAAAUGGAAGGCAUAGAUGAAGCAUCAUGAGACCCUUCUUACUCAAUUCAUCAGAAAAGUUAUGCGGAGAAAACACAAUUUCUAAAUGCAACAGCUAGUUUUGAAUUCGAAGAUUUUAACUCAAAAGAUUUUAAAGAGCAUUCUGUUAUAGAAGAAAGAAGUGCGCUGCUUAAAUCUAAAGGAAAGAUAGAAGACUACUGAUCCACAAUUUCUUGAGCUUCAGUGACAUCUGAAUCUGCUCAUGCUCAGAUCUUAUUUCCUACAAAUGCUCAAAGAGUCACUCUAGUGCAGAUGAGAAACAAAGAAAAUGAGGAUGGACGAGAGAUUUUAGCCAAGGAUGAUCAGACUCUUUACUCAUAUGAUGAAGAAGUCGUUGUGACUGAAAAGAUGACCUAUGAAUCUCUCCCUAGCUACCUCCUAGACCAAUUUGAAGAGUAAAAGAC